AAUUCUCUUUAGACACGCGUGAAGUCCGAAGCCUAUGUCUUUUUACUCGGUUAAAGCCCUGCUCAUUUUGGACAGCGUAUCUGGAACGCGAGUCGUCGCAAAGUAUUUCUCCUUUGACGAUAAGUUGACAAAGAGAAAUGAGCAGCUCGAGUUUGAAAAGUCUCUGUUUGCCAAAAUAAAUACACAAAGAGCGGAAAUUACGUUUUUGGACGAAUACGUUGCGUUGUACAAGGCGGUAUCCGAUUUUACGGUUUGCGUUAUCGGAACGGCGGAAGAAAACGAGAUCAUCUUGUUGAGCACGCUGAACAUCAUCAUAGAGGCUUUGACUCUCCUGCUGGGAGAGCAGAUAGACAAGCGGGUUUUGGUUGACCAUUUGGACUGCAUACUUUUGAUAUUUGAUGAGAUAGUUGACGAUGGCAUUAUUUUUGAGUUGGAUUUGAAAGAGAUUAUAGAUCGGAUUUCGAUAGGGGGAAGUAGCGAGGGGAGCUUGGGCGAGCAGAUCGUUUCGGAGGCGGUGAAGACCCUGAGAAAGCACGCGAGGAAUCUCUUGAUGGGAUGAGGCGUGCGGGAGGCGGGCGGCUUUACACGCGAGAGGAGCAAGGUGUGAUUUGACGAAAUAAAAAGAAAGAGGUGGUGGGAGAAAGAGUCGGGGGGUGCCGCGAUUAGGGUGUUUAUGUGCGUUUUU